UGAUAAGAUGAAGUUCUUAUUCGUUUUUGCGUUGGCAAUCGCUUUGGCCCAGUGCGAAGUGAAAGAGGACAAGAAAGAAGAGAAAAAGGACAAACGAGGGAUAAGCGAGUUUGGCCACGGAUUUGGCGGUUUCGGCGGCGAUCAUGAGGACCACGUCAAGACCAUCACAGUGACGAAGGAAGUCAAAGUACCUUAUCCGGUAACUGUUGAGAAAAAGGUGCCUUAUCCAGUUCACGUUCACGUCGACAGGCCAGUACCCGUCCAUGUGGAGAAGCCGUAUCCUGUCACGGUCGAGAAGAAAGUCUUCGUUCCUGUUAAAGUCCCAGUUCCCCAUCCCUAUCCUGUCGAAAAGAAAGUCCCUGUACCGGUCAAAGUGCCUUACGACGUACCCAGGCCCUACCACGUCGAAAAGCCCGUCCCAGUGAUUGUUGAGAAAAAAGUCCCCGUCCCAAUCGUCAAACACGUCCCGGUUCCUGUUAAAGUUCCUUAUGAUGUCCCGAAACCGUACCCAGUUCCGGUCACCGUCGAGAAAAAAGUGCCCUACAUCGUGGAAAAGCCGGUUCCUUAUGAAGUGAAAGUGCCAGUGGAAAAGCCGUACAAAGUCUUCGUACCUAAACCUUUUCCUGUCACUAUCGAAAAGCCGUAUCCAGUGACUGUAGAAAAGAAAGUCCCCUACGAAGUUCAAGUUCCGGAAUUCGUCAAAGUACCAGUUCCAGUCUACGUACACAAAGACGAAACAGAAAAACAUCACAAUUAGAUAUCGAUAAGUUUUUCAAAUUUGACUCGGCCUUUAAUUGUACUUACGUUCAUUUAUAAUUCCUUUUUUAUACUAUAUCAAU